GUUAUCGAUGCAUAAUUGCCAUAACUGUGGAUUUCUUAUCUCCUACUAAUUAAUUAUCGAAAUAUCUCGUAUUUUUUAUUCCCCAUGAAAGCGCACAGUUUAGUAAUAAUAAUUACUUUGUUAAGUGGUAAACGUUAGAUUGUAUGAAAACUGCCUGUCACUUCGAUCCGACGGAUUGUGGCGUAAAGAGAUAUAAAUACGCUUCCUGCUCUCACUCAGCUACCUGCUAUUCAUAAUAAUGCAGAAAUUCACUUUUACGAGAACAAAGAUUGGCGUGACCGAUCGAUUUUUUUUCCGAUGAGUCCUUUCACACACAGGUGAACGCCGUUUGGACUUUCAUUCGAUCGAAAAGUUUGAGAGGCCGGCUCUUCACCUUCACUUCCGGUAAACUUCAGAUUUGCUAACAGCCAAACCGCAGAUGAUGAUUACACAAGAAAUCGAAUCACCGAUUCGGAUCGGACCCAAGCUUUUUGAGAAGCCUUUUCAACGCGUACAGAUGUUCCGUCGAAGAAAUCACAUUAAAAUCUCUGCUUCCGGCUUCCUCUUCUAAUCGCGUUUCAUCUGCCAAUUUAAACAUCAUUCACUGAAUUCAAUCCCAAGUUUCUAAUUCCAAUUCUAUUUACAUUAUGAUUAACAUACUGCAGUUUCUAUGCAGAAUAAAACCUGAUUUAUAUUUAUUAAUAAAAUCUAAAUUCAUAAUGUUUCGAACAUAAUUUUUUCUGUAAAUGUAUAAGAGUUUAAUGAAUAUUGCGCUGCUUUAUUAAUCUCGUCUUUGUUGACGAGAAAGUAUUUUUCUCAGCAAGUGUCGACGGUUCAGUUAACGAGAUCUACUAAAGGGAACGCGUUACGCCAACGUCGAAACACAUCCGUGGGUCGGACUUCCUACAUCCGCAGAUACGUAAUCCGCACUUCCGGUAAACCGUGAACGUCGUGUAGUUCGAUGAACCGUGUGAAAAAUCGUGCAGUAUCCUUUCAUAUUCAUUGCGACGCGCGUGUGGAGUUCGCCCGAAGGUUGUCCGACGGUAAACGAACUUCGAUAUACCCUGGAAAGGGUCUGCGGCCUGGUGCCACAGGAAUCAGUGAAAGGUGGUGGAAUCGAUGUUCGUAUAUAAGCUGAGUACUGCGCUGCCACUGACAUUCAACGCUCGAACCCAGUGCUCAGACAAUAAACACCCCCUUGAGAAGAUCUGCAAGCAUGAAUCCGAUUAUUACUUUGUUCGGCGUCGCGAUAAUCGCUGGUAUCGUUACCGCCGGUUACUUGGAGGAGGAUCAUGGACACUCGACCUACGAGGAGAAGCAUCACACGGUGGAAAUUCCGAUUUAUAAAAAAUAUGCGAUUCCGAUUCCUCAUCCGGUGCCAGUUGAAGUACCGCAGAAAAUAGAGAUCCCGAUUCCGCAGCCUCAACCGGUGCAGAUCGAGAUUCCUCACCCGGUGCCUGUGGAGGUCGUUAAGCACAUAGAAGUACCUGUGGAAAAGCCCGAGCCCGUCGUCGUCGAGAAGCACGUGCCUUUCGUGGUGGAGAAGCCGUAUCCGGUGUACGUCGAGAAGAAGUUCCCGAUUCCGGUGGCCAAGCCGUAUCCAGUUCAUGUGCCAGUGUACAAGCACGUAUUCCAUUACACUUCAAAGGGCAAGGGGUGGCACUAGGUCGACCUCACCCCGCU